GACGAUGGUUUCAGCAAAGCGGCACGUACCGAUCGUGAAGAAGCGAACCAAGAAGUUUGCUAGGCAUCAGUCAGACACAUACAAAUGCCUCGACGCCAGCUGGAGAAAGCCCAAGGGUAUUGACAACCGUGUCCGAAGACGAUUCAAGGGUCAAAUGGUUAUGCCAUCGAUUGGCUUUGGAUCAAACAAGAAGACUCGCCACAUGAUGCCCUCCGGCCACAAGGCUUUCCUCGUCAAUAACACCCGAGAUGUCGACCUCCUCCUUAUGCACAACAAGACCUUCGCCGCAGAGAUCUCACACGCGGUAUCUUCAAGAAAGAGAAUCGAAAUCGUUGCUCGUGCGAAGGAACUCGGUGUUAAGGUUACGAAUCCCAAGGCCAGAGUUACGACCGAGGUUUGAGCGGCUGGUUUUCAUUUGGGCACUUUGCAUGGGGCUUGGGUUUGCUAAACAUCAUGAGUGAGGGCGGUGCAAAGAUGUAUCACUUGCUCCACGAUCAAUGAAGAUUUCAGCAAUAC